AAUCAAUCACUUUCUUUCAAAAGAGUAAAGUAAAAGAGGGGAGACAGAAGUCAAUCCAGUACACGAAAUCCCUAAAAAGGGUAAUUUGUAGCUUCAAUGGAUGUCUCGAUGAUGCUCCAAAACUGCUCAAGGUCCCAAUCUGCUCCCGAAUGGCACCCCGGACUCGAAGAAUUUAUGUGGCGAUUAGGGUUUGGUGGUAAGACGUAUCCAGUGAGGCCAGGUGCGCCUGACUGUGCCUACUACAUGCGAACCGGUGUCUGUGGUUUCGGCAAUAGAUGCCGUUACAAUCAUCCGCUCGAUUGUGCUACGAUUUUUGCGUUGAUGUAUGUUGAAGCAUUUCGCAGGUUGCAUCCAGAACGUAUUGGUGAACCGCCAUGCCAGUUUUAUUUGAAGACAGGAACCUGUAAAUUUGGGGAAUCAUGCAAAUUCCACCAUCCAAAGAAUGCAGCUGGAUCCAUGAGCCACGUUUCUCUAAAGAAUGCAGCUCUUGGUGGUACAACAGUUCCACCACCACCAGCAUCUCCACCUCAGUUUUAUCCAUCGGUGCAGCCUCUUAUGCUUGACCAGUAUGGAGGUCCUUUCAAUAGCUUGAGAACUCUUUUUCCUGGUUCUUAUAUGCAAGGCGCCUACGGUCCAAUGCUACUAGGAGUGGUUUCAAGCUGGAGUCCUUACUCGUCAACCUUUAGAUUGUUGUAGAUUGUAAUGGUGAUUUUGUAUAGGAAGAAGACUAAUUUUGUGAUUUAAGUAUGCUAGAAACGAGAGGAAACUGCAGAAAGGCAAUGGUUUUGUAUAAGGAAGCUUUGUUCAAACUAAACUUGGAAAUUCGAAUAAUAAAGCUUCCUUAGUGUUCCUUUUUUUUGGGUCGGCAAUCAGAUCAUAUUAUUAAUCAGUGUAAUACUCUUUUGUAUUAUAUGACAUUUUGGAAAAAGCAAAAUUGAAA